CCGAGGCACUACAAAAACCCACGUUGUAUGUUUCUCCUGAACGUGCUGGUCCCAGGCGAGGCAGCCCCACCUUCGCACCAAAGACAAUUGACGCACAUUCCGAGAAAAGUGCCGCCAAAGGGAACCCCUAUACUGUAUGUAGUUAUGCCACCGGAAUGGACCAUCUCCAGAGAGAGAGAGAGAGAGAAGGCCGCCUCCGUCCUCUCCCUUCUGGCCUCUACGCGAAUAGUUUGAGCGGCCGCAGCUUCCGGCGCUGCACCGGAAGUGGGAAGUGCUCGGCCAGUCGGGGAUUCCCUCUUGUUGUCCUCCCCUCUUUUCUCCCUUCCUUCCCCUCCACCUCCGGCCUCUCACAGGUACUAAUGCAGAAUCCUCAGUGCCAAGCCUGUGAAAUGCUUCGCUUGAACCAGAGGUAGAAGAGCCUGUAGCAGAUAGCAAGAGAAUUAAUGAAUUUCUCAAAAGAUGGAGACAUUCAGAGACAUGACAGUAGAUGAACUGAAGAAACUGCAAGACAAUGCAGAAGAAAUCGAGCGGUUGGCACUUGAGUCUAAUGAGGUCCAGGACAUACAACUGGAAAGGGAAAUGGCUCUGGCCACAAAUCGGAGCUUGGCAGAACGGAACCUGAAGUUCCAAGAGCCUCUAGAAACAGGACGUGCAAAGCUUUCAGACAGAUAUCAGGAUCUGCAAAAGCUUAUGGAGCGAUGCCAGGAGCAGAAAGCAAAAUUAGAGAAAUUCUCUGCGACUAUGCAGCCUAGCACACUGUUGGAUCUCCUACAAGUAGAAGGGCAGAAGAUUGAAGAAGAAUCUGAGGUCAUGGCUGAAAAGUUCCUGGAGGGUGAUGUGCCUCUGGAGACAUUCCUUGAACAAUUUUCCUCUAUGAGGAAGUUGUCCCAUCUACGGAGAGUAAAAGUGGAGAAGCUUCAGGAGGUGCUGAGGAAAUCGCAGUCUUCACAAGAGCCAGCCAAUAGUAAUGCAUUCAGCCAGCAGCCACCUCCCAGCAUCCCUUCUCAGCCUGCAGUUCAGCAGCUACAGGACCACUCGGCUGGGGGAGCACCCUAUCCUUUACCUUAUGGUCUGUCCCCUUUCAUGCCUCCUGGCCCUUCAGCUCAUGGAGCACUCCAACCAGUUCCUUUUGCACCACCACCUGCUAUGGCAGGAUAUGCUGUAUCUCAACCAAGUUCUCAACCUCCCUUUCCUUACAGUCCACUCUCAGGUCCCAGAUUCCCAUCUAUAUCCACUGGUGGCUCAGUACCACAGUCUCAGGAAGGUGACCCAUCUUCAUCCUCUAGGUACUCUUGGUCUCCAUCCAGAGUACCUCCAGCAGGACCAGGAUUUCCACAGGCCCCUCCCAGGGCUCCAUCAGCAGGCUCAGGGUUCUCCCAGAAUCCAUAUUUUCCACCAGGGGGAAAGCCAUCAUGCCCAUAUCCUACUCAGCCUUCAGUGCCUAGCUUUCCUGUUCCCCCAUAUCCCACAGGCCAAACCCCAUAUCCUCAAGCACCGCCUCUCCCCCCUCGAGGCCCUUCUUGGUCAGGAUAUUAGUUAGGGUUCCGAUACAGUAUUCUUUCACAUGCUGUGUUCUCCUGAGAAAAUGGUUCUUCUUAGCUAAUGAGGUUCGACAUGAAAACUUGAGAAUGUCAUCCUGAGAAAUACAUGUGCAAGUAUUAUACUGAUGGUAUGUCUGGUGUAAUGCUCUAAGAGCCGGAAGGAAUACUGCCCUUGCGAAAUUCAGGUUAUGACAAGUAGGCAUUGACUGUGGGCACUUCUCGAAUGGCCAUCUGUGCUGGCCAAGGAGUCUGCUCAAGCCACAGUAUAAAUACAGAUAAAGGCCCAGACAACUUAGCUGAUGUACACUGGCAUUGUUCCCAUUAAGCUGCUUGAGUCUGGCGCUUCGUGUGUUUGUGUGUGCACGACUGUGUGCGUGCAUGUAGUUAUCUACUUUAGUAUUUCAGAAAAGACACAAAAAGUUCUAUACACCUCUAUGUACACACAUUCUUGACAGAGAUAAAUCAGUCAAGUAACACAGAUUUUACAAUAAUGAAUUUAGAGCUGAUUUUUACUGGGGCUUAGAAACUACUAGAAAGUGAAUUGAAGGCAUGGCUUUCUGUUGGACAUGUUUCAGAUGUGUUAUGUAGGUAAAACAACAGAGAAACAAGCUUGCAUCACUUCCACCUAUUUCAGUCAAGUGCUUGUACUAGACCUUUAUACAUAGAGUAGGGAUAGGGAACCUUUGUUGACGUGAUGGCCACAUUGCCUCGUGGGGAUUUUUCCCAUGCUAGCAGGUCAUGUGCUAAGUGGACUGGGAUCAGAACCACAACAUUCUUUCCCUCACUCCCUAUCCAUUUAAACCAAUUUUAAAUGCUGGUGAGAGAGCAAAAAGGGAGAGCCAGCAGGCUAUAGGAUCCUAACACCUGCCACAGAAGUUAGCUAUCUGACCCAUUCCUUCUGUCUAGCAUAUGCACCAUUUCCAGCCUUGUCAUGUCUCUUCCUCUGAGCAGUCAUGCUGAGGGUACAUGGUAGAUAAGUUGGCUAAGUGAAAAGUAUUAACUAGAGGGUUUCUUGCAGUGCUUGGAGGCAGGAUUGUCCAACAGUUGCAGUUCCGCAGGGUUGACUUACAGGAAAUCCAGUCACUAUGCAGUUUUAUACAUGGGAGUGGCGGUGCUAACAGGUUGCUAAUGUCAACCCAUUUCAGUUGAUAAGCUGUGUUUCAUCAAGACAUCUGUGGAUGCCAAUGUAUCCGGCUCCCUCCCCUGCAGUGGCCUCUGAGUGUAACAGAGCACUUAGAUAAUGAGGGCCUGUGCCUCCCACUUUAGCCAUUGUCAGGUGACAAGAAGAAAUGUUGGUUACCAUUCUAAAAAACAGAGGGGGCCUAAUGGAAAUCAAAAUGGCUUUGUUAAGCACUUUAUUCUCUUGCUUGCCCCUAAUUUAUUUAUUAAAAAACAAGACUACUAACAGAUAUGACCAGGUUGAAUGCUUUUGGAAUUUGAUGGAAACAAAAUCAUAUCAGUAAUAAAAAUUUGAUGACUUGCA